GCACGAGCUCCUAGCUGGUAGCGUGGAGUUGAAGCCAGAGAGGGCUAGAGAGGAGGUCGCUGUAGUAGUUUUUUAAAAAGUUACAGAAACUCGCCGGCGAAGUAAUUCACCGCGUCUUAUUUACAUGGUGACAGUCUACAGACUCCGAGGUAACUACUUGUUGGUAUGAAACAGUCGUUCAGGGCGGAAAACAACAACAUUUAGCUCGGGCUCGCUGACUUCUGCAUGGUCGCUAGCUAGCUAACAGUUAGCUUCUGAAGCUACUUGGCUAGCUGGCUAGCGAGGUCCAGCCCAAAAGUUGUUUACCUCGAGUUGUGGAUGUGGUCACCUCCUGAGCUUUUCGCGAAUUUUCUCUGGGAUAAGAGAGUCAGGACCAAAAAUUCACACUGGAUUUAACACUGCGCGCUGUUAGGAAACUAGCAGGAUGUCCACAGAGGUUGAGCGCAGUCAGGUUGACUCAGGUUUGACAGGCGGAGCGGCGGAGAAGAGCCAAAACAAGUCCGAGGGGGCUCACCUGCAAAAAGAACAAGCAGAUAAAGGGCAGAAAGGUGUGGAAAAGCAGCUAGCAGACGGCCACAGCUCUGAUGUAGCAAAGAGUCCCUCAGAUGUGCACAAGAAAUGCAAAGAAAACGAUAAAGAAAAUGACCAAAGUAGCAACGCUGACUCGGCUGUGGAGACCGUGAAGAGGAAAGUUGUUGAAGCCCCUCCACCGAAAGUCAACCCGUGGACUAAAAGGACCACGGGCAGGGUGCCGAUCAACAAUAUGAACUCAAGCCCCCAUGAGAAAGAUCAACAGAACGCCCUGAAAGUCGUCCGUGCCAGCAAGCCCAGAACGAGAAAAUCAAGCAAGUCAAGCGACUUCAGUGAUAUCACAAACUGGCCCACACCUGGUGAACUGGCCAAAGAGCAGCAACAAAAUGUCCUCAACAACAACGGGAAGAAGCCUCCUUCCUCACGCAGAGACAAGGAGAAGAGGAGGGAGCGACCGGAGAGGAAAUCAGAGAGCAGCCACGAUGGCGGUGAAAGCAAAGAGAACCAGGAGGCUCAACCAGACCCGCUGGGAGAUUUGCCCAAAGACGGAGAGUCCAAGACAGGACAGGAUGCCAAGAGCGCUGCCCUGAAGAAGAGAGGAGGUGAGGGUAACAAACGUAAGUGGGUUUCCCUGCCGCUGGAGGAAGUGGCCCGGGACACCAGCGACAAGACGCCCGGCGGGGGCUCGACACGCUCGGAUACAGAUCCCACCAGCGACUCGCCCGACCCCACGUCGCCCAAUCACACACUCCAUAAUAACAGGGCACAUGAUAGCAGCAGGAGUUGGAGAAGAGAGCCACGGGACUUUGGAGACGAUACUUCCAGCGUCCGGAGUGACAGCGGGAGCAUUCGUGGAGGAAUACGAGGCCGGGGGAAAGGUCGUGGUCGCGGGAGAGGUCGUGGACGAGGCCGUUAUGAAUACUCUCAGAGCUUCCGGGACUCUCAGUCGUCAGACGGCUCCAUUCAGGUCCCAUCCGAGUUUGGCACCAAUAUGGUUUACUACUACGACGACGGCAGCAAAGUCCAGAUGUACACAGUGGACGAAAAGCUUCUUAAAGAGUACAUCAAACGGCAAAUUGAGUACUACUUCAGCCUCCACAACCUGGAGAGAGACUUCUUCCUGAGGAGAAAAAUGGAUGCACAGGGCUUCCUCCCCAUCUCCCUCAUCGCCAGCUUCCACAGAGUGCAGGCUCUCACCACAGACAUCAACCUCAUCAUGGAGGCUCUGAAGAGCAGCAAAGAGGUGGAGCUGGUGGACGAUAAAGUUCGCUGUAAAUCUGAACCUGAACGGUGGCCGAUCCCAACCCCUCCCAUCAUUGGUUCUCCUCGGACCGACUUCUCACAGCUCAUCAACUGUCCCGAGUUUGUUCCCCGUCAGUCCCUCAGCUCCACAGGCUCUGUUUCCUCGCCUGUGGAGAAGACUCCCUCUGACUCUGCUGAGCCCCAGGACUCUGCUGAUCCCUCCUCAUCCAGCCAGGAGUCACUCCCGGCUACAGACGCCCCCAAAGAUGCCCCUGCGCCACAACUUGACCCCGACGCUUGGAUCCAGGUGGAGAAACGCCACCGACAGCCCUCUGGCAAAGCAAAGCAUGAGUCUGAUGAUGUGUGUGUUGUCAGCUCUACUCCUCCCUCCCCACCUCAGCCUGACCUCCUCUCUGCAGAGCGCACUGAGGCGUCUCCACGCAGCCACCAGACUCCUCCUCAGGCCGAGCCUGACCAGGAAGAGCUGGACUUCAUGUUCGAUGAAGAAAUGGAGCAGAUGGCACCCAGAAAAAACAAGUUUACCGACUGGUCAGAUGAGGACGACUCUGACUACGAGCUGGACGACCAGGACGUCAAUAAAAUCCUGAUCGUCACCCAGACGCCCCCCUACCUACGGAAACAUCCCGGUGGAGACAGGACGGGAAACCACGAGUCCCGCGCAAAGAUCACCGCUGACCUGGCUAAAGCCAUCAACGACGGGCUGUACUACUAUGAACAGGACCUGUGGAAGGGAGAGGAGCAGGUCGAGUGCAGCAAGCAGGACGUUGAGAACUUCAAGAAGCUGAAUGUCAUCAGUCAAGAUCAGUUCGAUACGUUUGCUCCAAAAGUGCCUGUUGACACCAACCAGGAAGUCCCUCCUCCUCCAAUGCCAGCCGAUAGCGGAGCAGAAUUAGCCCGCUCUCUGCCUACGACGGUCCCAGAAUCCCCCCGCUCCCACCAACCCCGAACGCCCAAAACGCCUCGCACCCCCGGACGGUGUGACCCCAACAAGACACCACGCUUUUACCCCGUCAUGAAGGAGAGCGGCACUGUUGACGGACAGACGCCAAGGAAAAAGAAAACCAGCCACAGUUCAAACCCUCCUCAGGAAGCCCACAUCGGCUGGGUGAUGGACUCCCGUGAACACCGGCCACGCUCCGCCUCCAUAAGCAGCUCUAAUGCCUCUCCAUCAGAAGGAGCCCCGCUGACAGGAAGUUACGGCUGCACCCCCCAGUCUCUGCCCAAAUUCUGGCAUCCAUCACACGAGCUGCUGAGAGACAACGGCUUCACUCAGCAGGGAUACCACAAGUACCGCCGACGGUGCCUGAACGAGAGGAAACGGUUGGGGAUCGGUCAGUCUCAGGAGAUGAACACUCUCUUCAGGUUCUGGUCCUUCUUCCUGAGAGACAACUUCAACAGGAAGAUGUACGAGGAGUUUAAACAGUAUUCGCUGGAAGACGCCAAAGAAAACAACAGGUACGGACUGGAGUGUCUCUUCAGAUUCUACAGCUACGGUUUGGAGAAGAGAUUCAGGUUAGAUCUGUUCAAGGACUUUCAAGAAGAGACCCUCAGAGACUUUGAGAAAGGUCAGCUGUAUGGACUGGAGAAGUUCUGGGCCUUCUUGAAAUACUCUAAGAUAAAGAACCAGCCCAUCGACCCAAAACUACAGGAACAUCUCUCCCAGUUCAAGAACCUGGAGGACUUCAGGGUGGUGCCCCCGAUGGGAGACGAGGGAGGCAGAAGGAGACGCCACUCAUCCUCGGCCGGGGAUGAAGGAAGGCGUCGGCGACAUCCUUCCAACACUACCUCAAAACCAACGCAGGCCUCUAAAUCCUCCAACGCCACAGCUCAGCCCGCUACCACCACCGCACAGAACACACCCAAAGACAACGCCCCGAAAGCAGCCGCCACCCAGAGCAAGAAGUCUGAUCCUGGAGCAGGAAAGAAGGAAAGCGCUGCACCAAACAAGUGAAGCUCCCCUCCUGUUGGUGUGGUUUUUUUGAUGGCGGAGAUGCAGAGCUAGGCGGCGGCAGCUGCAGCUCUCAGCUCGGCGUUGGCUCUUUUCAACGGCAAACAGUUUGGGUAUGAAGAGAGACUGAGCGUGGUUGACAUAAUUGAUCGUUUUUAUCAGUGCAUUUCAUUUAAAAAAAAGCAAGCAAGCAAAGCAAGUAUAGGCAGAGAGCUUGAAUCUGUGCGCCUCACAGCUCAUAACGUUUACAAAAAACAACAAAAAAAUGCAUUCCCUGCAUUUUGCCUUUAUAUUCUCUUCUCAAGAUGCCAAACUCUUCAUCGAGUUUCUGUAAAGAGCUCUCAGCCUGUUGAACUGAUUCUAGUUUGCCAAGAUAAGAGAUACUGCAGAAAGUCUUGUGUGCCUUAAUCUGAUUCUGCAGGAAGAAAAAGGGGCGAUCAGCUGCAAAAGAAAGUCCAAAUUUUGCUUUUAAAGUCUUCCAGGUCGAUUAUUUGGGGUUUGAAACUGACACCACUUACAGGCUUUACUUCCUUCAGAUAUAUUUUUUGUUUUUUUUUAACAUGACAAUCAAGACAGCUACAGUUAUAAAUUUGUGAAGGACUGACCCCUCCAAGGCUGCUGAGCCAAAACAAACGCGCCCUGAUGUUUUUUUAACCGACUGACAGGCAUCACAGAUAAACCAGCGUGUUUGUUUUAAUUCAAACCUGCAGAAAUAAUGAUGAAUUUAUCUGGGGAGCUUUAAAUCCCAUUUUACACCCAGUGGUAGUAUAAUUUAUUGUUUUAUUUCUGUUUUCAUUUUCCAUUUACUUGAUUUGAUGGAAUAGUCUUAGGUAAUCAUUGCAGUUUUAAUGGCUUUCGCUGUUUAAUAUGAUAAAUAUAAAAGGAAAUGUUUCUGCUGGAAUUAUGGGUGUGAGCUAGCAUCAUGAAACUACAGUAUAUUUUAGCUUGAAGUUUACUUCAUAUUAUAUUUGAGGCUUGGUGCUCUAGAGCACUUAAAUCGUUAACUUUCCUUUACUUUAUAAAUGGACUUAAAAGAGGUUUCAGAGUUGAAUUUCAAGAAAAAAAUGUAAAUACUAUAAAAAAUCAUUUGCUAUUCAGUUAUUCUUUGAUUCUAAGAAGUGAUUUGUUUUAUUGGUAGUGUGGUUUUGAGUGUGUUUUAGGACAAAGCAAUGCAUGUUAAUGCCAGAAUCUUGAAUUGUAAAAUGCAAAAAAAUAUAAAAUAACAGUUGAUUGUA